CAUUUUUUUUCUUUCUUCCUCUAUAUAUGGAAGUAGUAGUAGUGGCUAUCUUUCUUGGAGUCACCUUUCAGAAACAUUUAUUCAAUCCUGAAAGAUUAAUAAAGUUCUGUUAAUUCUGAAGAUAUGGUGCCUCAUGGCUUCAGGUUCAAUCCCACUGAUCAAGAACUCAUCCAAAUCCUAGACCGAAAAGCUUCUGAGCAAGAAAUGCCUCUCCCUUUCAUUGUCUACGCCAAUCUCUAUGAGCAUGAACCUCAAGAUCUUGAAUGGAACCACAGUGCCGCUUUAGGAAACGAGGAGAGAUACUACUACUGCAAAAGGGAGAAUGAUUCCAGGGAAGUUACUGGUCGGGGAUGGUGGAAAGCUACUAGCCAUGUCAAGAAAGUUCAUGUUAAUGAAAAUCUUGUUGGGUACAAGAGGCCUUUAACAUUUCACAGGUACAGGGACCAAGAAAGAAACCGCAACAAUGCCAUAAAGACCAAUUGGAUCAUGCAUGAGUAUAGCCUCGAAUCAAAAGCAACGGAAUGGAGGCUUUGCAAGAUAAAGUACAAGGGAAAGCCAAGUAUGCAAGAAGAGAUGGAGAAUAUUAGGCAACGUUACUCAUCAAGGAACGAUUCUGACGCUGCAGGCGGUUCAAUGAAUACCCAAACGGGUUCUGAUAGAGAACAAGAAAACCCUCCUCCUGCAGUAAGUUCAACAAUGCCAUUAGAAAAUGGAAAUCAUCAAACCUAUUACUGGAACAUGCAGCAGCUUCCACAAGCUCCAUAUGGUCAUCCUUAUCAAACUAAUGGUUACUAUUUCAACGAGCAGCAAGAGCAGUUGGAGCUCAGUGAACAACAAUUUUCUAGCCUUUGGUCUUGGCAGAAUUAGGCUUAAGUCUUUGUCAUGCAUGUAAUUUUCUUUUUCUCCGUACUGUGCUUUACUUGCCACGCGUAUGUGAAAAGGGGGUUUUGUUUGGUA